AUCCUAUUUCUCAUGCAAGUGACCAUAAAACUAGAAGCUCGGGGCGCAGAAGAUUCAGGAGUCAGGAAGGUUGGGAGUUUGCACUCUGCAUCGAUGCGGCACUAUAAUAGACACGUUCUUAACAUUUAGGAAAAGCCAUUGUUUGUGCAUAAAGGAAGCUCGCGGCGAUAAAAUACACGUCGGCACCAGACACCGAUUUGAGUGUUUGUUGAACGGACCAAGGUUGUUUUCGAGGUCCCUUUCUUAAUCCCCUCUGUUGUCAGUGCAGUGAUUUUAAAGGGGACGCACGCAAUGUCGGGUCGCAGUGUUAUGUAUGGCGGUGAGAGGACGUGAGCGGCUCGCGGAGAUCAUCGCGAAGAUGCCACGCGCUUUGCGGAGGCUCAUGCAUCUCGUGCUUCUAUGCCCGCUUACUAAAGGCCUGCAGUCCCGUUUGCCUGCAGUGAAGGUGAAAUACCUGAUGGUGGCAUGGUUGGGUGUAUUGGUGACCAGCUGGGUUGUCUAUGUACAGUAUUCCUCCUACUCUGAACUGUGCAGAGGCCAUGUCUGCACAAUGCUCAUUUGUGAGCACUAUCGAAAGGGAAUUAUUUCUGGCUCUGUGUGUCAGUCUUUGUGUGAGGAGAAGACUCUAACUCUACAGCACUGCCUCUCCACAUUGCCUACACACCAGGUAUACAGUGCCGUGUGGAAAGAAAAAGCUGUGGUAGUAAAGUGCGGAUUACAUGAUGCUCAGCGUGAUGCCAGUCUGUAUGAUAAACCUACUCGUGGCACAUCUGUGGAUGAAUUCCGAGAGAUGCUGCACUCUUUUCUCAAGAGCAGUCUGGGUGAACAGCUGUCUCUUGGCUCACUUGUGCUGCGCAUUGUCUCACUGGCCGAUGUCAAUUCCGAUGGUAAAGUGUCUUUAGCUGAAGCAAAGUCAGUAUGGGCUCUGCUGCACAUUAAUGAGUUUAUCUUGACUCUGGUGCUACAGGAUAAAGAGCAUGCACCCCGUCUUUUGGGCUUUUGUGGCCAACUUUACACUACAGAACAUGUGGCCCACAGCACCCUCUUCAGUGUAAAUAUACCAUCCUGGCUCCACCCCCUGGUGCCCAAAGCGCUAAGCAGCUCCCUGAACCACUGGCUGGCUCCGGCCUGGCCACGCCGUGCUCGCGUUGCAAUUGGUCUGCUAGAAAUGGUUGAAGAGCUUUUCCACGGUUCCUAUGGCACUUUUUACAUGUGUGAUGCCACACCCCAACGAGUGGGCUACAGCACCAGCUAUGACUGCAAGAUGCCUGACCUGGGAAGUGUGGUACCGGAAGCCACUGUACGGGCAUUCCUGAGAGGACGAGCUUGCCAAGUCAACACUGACUGCACGUUUGGGAGCGACUGCACAGCCACUUGUGACCGCCUGGCCAAACAGUGCAAUGUGGAAGUGGUGCGACCAAAUCUGGCUAAAGUGUGUGCCCUCCUGAGGGAUUUCCUAUUCUUUGGAACACCAUCUGACUUGAUGGAGGACUUGAACAAGCAACUACGCACCUGCAUGACACUGAGUGGCCUGGCCUCGCAAAUGGAGGUGCAUCACUCACUUAUGUUAAAUAACCUCAAAACGCUGCUGUGGAAGAAGAUCUCAGACACCAAGUAUUCCUGAUAAAAAGAGGUUGGUUGAAACAUCGACCCAGAAAUAUGGAAGGAAUUCCUCAGUCUGAAUUAAAGAAAACUCCAGUAU